ACACAUCCGAGGGCGCGCGCACUUUUCCGCUUGACGCGCAGCCGCUCGCACAGGUCGCCCGUUUUGCGCUCGGAUCUGCGCCUCUGCGCGGCUGCGUUGCUGGUUUUGGUGUGUGUUUUUUUCCUCUGGACGGAAAUGGUCGGCGUGUGAAUUUUGUUUUCAAAGAGGAGCGGUCACUCACGCACCUGUUACCAGGUGAUCCAAGCUUCCCGUUCGGACUAUGACAUUAGGUUUGGAGGAUCAUAUCAUGGAGGACGCAGUUAUCGACGUGGUUGGAGAAGGAGUCAAAGACAGCGGGGAGGAGCAGCUCCUGCCCCUGGACGAGUCUCGGAGCGAGCAGGAGCGCAGCACGGAGACCUCCAUCAGCCCCUCACUCGGGUGCCAUCCUCCCGCGAAGGGCAAAGGACCCACAUCAGUGAAGCCUCCUUACUCCUACAUCGCUCUGAUAACCAUGGCGAUCCUCCAGAGCCCAAAGAAGCGGCUCACCCUCAGCGAGAUCUGCGACUUCAUCAGCCAGCGCUUCGUGUAUUACAGGGAGAAAUUCCCAGCGUGGCAGAACUCGAUCCGCCACAACCUCUCGCUGAAUGACUGCUUCGUGAAGAUGCCCAGAGAGCCCGGAAACCCCGGAAAGGGCAACUACUGGACUCUGGAUCCUAACUCCUCCGACAUGUUCGAAAACGGGAGUUUCCUGCGCCGGCGGAAGCGCUUCAAGCGGCAACACUUUCGCUUCGAUCCGCUGAAGGAGCAGCACCUGGAGCCCAGCGCGCUGCACGGCUUUACGCACGGCGCGUACGGGCUGGGAGGCGCCACUCUGCAGUUUCCCUGCCUGGAGCUUCACCCCCUCCUCCACCACCACGCGCCCGCGCCGUGCGGCUCCGUCUCCAUCCCACCUGUCAACAGCAUCCUCCCGGCUUUAUCCAGCUUCUUCUCCCGCGGCGCCAUCACCGCCAAGGCUUUCCUGCAGUCCCAGCCGACCAUCAACGCCUUCUCCACAGCGCAGUGCGCCGCGUACUCCCCUCCCUUGACCUCCAGCUCUGCCUACGUGUCUCCCGCACUCUUCCACCCCGCAGUGUCCCCGCACUUCCUCAACUUACAGCAGGAGUACCAGAAACUACAGACUCAGCGAGGCAGCGCAGACCUACCCAAACUCCUCAGCUCUCACAGCGAGCACGCGCACUAAAGCAGACUUUACGCUCCACUUUUCUCAGGUAACAGAGACUUUUAAACGCAGAUUUUUUACAUCUUUCCCAGACAAAUGGAUGUUUCACACGAACUUCGAGGUUAUUUUUCCAUCCCGAUUUUUUAACCUGUUUUUAGUAUUUAAAAACGACUUUCCUGUUGUUU